GUCACACGACGACUGGCAGGCGCAAUGGCCGUUUUAGCUUGACUCGAUGCGAUAUACCUAUAGGUACACUCAACGUUAUAUGGGACAUUGUCGUAUGUAUGUAUACUGUCUGACAUAUUAGGGGUUUGAAAUUGCGUUAAUCGAGCGAUUUGCUCUGUUGCUCGAUUGGAAUCAAGUACGGCAGGGAAUCGCUCUACUUAACUCGAGGACGUAGGCGCUGUUCCUACGUCUGGUAUUCGAUUAGACCGUGUUUCGUAAACGUCCAUCUCAGCCGAAAAUACAAAUGGCCGAGAUGGAAGGCAAGAAGUUGACGGAGUUACGUGUGAUAGAUCUGAAAACGGAACUUGAACGUCGCGGUUUAGACAAGUCUGGCAACAAAGCUGCGCUUCUUGAACGUCUUUCAAAGGCAAUAUUAGAUGAAGGGAAAAAUCCAGAAGAAUAUCUGCUCAUACCAUCUGGUGGAAAUUGUAAAUCUGUUUCAAGAAAAAAUAGUGGAGUUUCAAAUCAAGAAGAGUUGACAGAGUCACCAGAUGGUCAAAAGGAGGAAAGUACAGAUGGACAAGACAAUGUCGAUGUUAGAUCUAAGGCAGAAACAAAAGCUGCAGCAGAAGAGAAUGUUGAAAAAGAAGUUUUUUCUAAGGAAGUGGAAUCUGAAGUAAAGAAUAAUAUUAAGAAAGAAGAAAGUCCCAAACAAGAAACAAAACUGCUUAAACAAGAGGAAAAUUUAGAAAAUGUUAAGAAUGAUUCAGAAAAAGUUAAUACCAAUCCCCCUAGCAGCCAAUCUACAGAUGCACCUUCCACUACUGUUGAAUCUAACGGAAUUGACAAUGAGGACUCUAUCAACUUGACAAUCGGAGAAGAUGAAGAAAAUCUCCUUGCUGAGGAGACAGAAUCUCACGAUAGGCACAAGGAUGGUGGAGAGAAGAAGAAAUUAGAAGAGAACAAGAAGGGAGACUCGAAAGGAAGCGGUAGAGCGGAAGCUGGCGCCAGCAGCAAGGAAGGGACUGCAUCCAGUGCGAACAUCGGGAUGAAGAACAAGCAGGACAGUGGAGAAGGAGGAAGCAAGAGCGCGGAAUCUAGCACUAAAAACCAGAAAAGAGAAGAAAAAGAUAAGAAGACAUCGCAGAUCGGUGCGGCAAAUGCGAGCGGUCGGAAUCUGUGGGUUUCCGGCUUAUCGUCCAGCACUCGAGCUACGGACCUUAAGCAAAUCUUCUCUAAGUAUGGCAAAGUAAUGGGCGCGAAAAUAGUAACGAAUGCUAAAACUCCUGGAGCGAGAUGUUACGGUUACGUGACGAUGUCCUCGAGCGAAGACGCAGCCAAGUGCAUACAGCACUUGAACAGAACUGAGCUUCACGGACGCGUCAUAUCCGUCGAGAAGGCACGAGGAGAUACGCAACAAAGUCAUGUGCGUAAGCGAGAUGCUGUUAAUGGUAAAUCAGAGAAGAAAGAUGAGAAAGAAAAGCCGAAGGAUCACGAUGUGAAUGAAAGAAAAGAGAAAGAGAUAAAAACAGAAUCCGAAGAGAAAGGAUUAGAUACUUCAAAAAAAUCUGAUGAAAAGAAUGACAGUGCCGAUUCGAAGAAACUUGAAGCGCAGGACAAGAAAGAAGAUACGUCCAAAGAGUCCGAUUCCCGAUCGACAAAAUCCAACAGCAAGAAGCCAGAGAACGAGAGGGGCAGACGAGAGGAUAAGCGAAUGCGUAGAGGUUCCUGGGACAGGAGCCGGAGCCGAAGUCGGUCUCGGAGUCGCGAGAGACGAAGACGCGAUAACGUUCUUACAUUUGCAAAGAUAAGAGAGGAACGUGAUCGGCAGCGAAUGCGCGAAAGGGAGAGAAUUCUACGAGAGGAAGAACGAAGAAGGCGAGAAGAGAUGGAACGCCAACGGGAAAUAGAGCGCAGGCAGCGAGAAGAAGCCGCGCGCCUGGAGAGAGAACGGGAAAAACUGAGGCGAGAACGGGAACGGAUCGAACAAGAGAAGGCCGAGUUGCUGCGACUCGAGCGCGAGCGGCAGAAACUCGAGCGAGAAAAACUCGAGCGCGAAAGAAUGGAGCUCAAGAGGCAGCAGAUGCGCCUGGAGGAGAGCAGACGCGCGCCGCCGCCACCAUCCUUAAAAAGAACGUCCAGCGACCGUAGAGAUCCGCGCGAUGUGUACAUGGAGCCCGAAAGAAAGCGAAUAACUACCGAACAUAGUCGCAGACAUAGCCCGGACAGAAUAACCGAUAGACGCAAUGAGAUGAUCGAUCGGGUGACAGAUAGACGAUUAGAUACUUCGCCGCCUUCUCGAUACGAAUCUAGCAGAUCCGCUCAAGACAUAGGAAUGAAAAAGGAAUUCAAACGAACCAGCGAGUUCUCGAGAAGCAGUCGAACGGACAGCUUCUCCGACGUUUCUCGCGGAAGAGAAGUCAUAGUACGACGUGAGAGUCUCUCCAGCACGUCCUCAUCUUUAGAUCCUCGACAAGUCAAAGAGAGAUAUGAACGUCCGAGCAGCACUUCAUCUUACGCUCGCGAACGCGAAAUAAGACGUUCCGAUCCGGAGACUCAUCGAAGCUCCAGAGACACUCACACACGCUACAGCGAUAGCUUCAAACCACCGGGAUCUAGCACGCCACGAUGUAAGCAUUUAAGUAACGGCACACAAUACAGUAGGCAAAAAGAUUUCAGAUAGAUUGUGAACACGACUCGAUACACAAAUUCGUUUUUGUAGUAUCCUUGAUUGAAAACGUUUCAUUGCGUAAUCAACAAUGUGCGACUGAAAUAAGACAGUAUACAUUGAAACCCGAUAUCAUGGUUUAAAUAAUAGCACAAUGCGAGAAUCACAGAGGAACUCUCGGAGAUCUGUGACGCGUAAAAGGAUAAAUGAAUUUUGUUAUACAUGUAUAUAUUAGGAAAACUGAUCAUUCUCACAGCAAAAUUGAAUGAGCACAAAUAUAGUACAAUUUUCCUAUAGAUGCGUAUUUUUUAUACGCAAAAUCGGUAAUACAUUUUACUUUUAUUGUACCUAAAAAAAGUAUGGAAGAAGAUUCGCGUAUGCAAACGAAAAAGAUAUAUUGUCUGUAUUAUAUACAAACUUAAAUAUUACCUGAAUUAAAUCUAAGUUCUAAAGUAGAUGUGUCUAAAAUUGUAGUGUGCUAAAUCUCAAAUAUCGGAUAUAUAUUGUUUAUAUAAACCAUAAUAAUUUUGUGCCAAAAACAAAACAAAACAAAAAAAAAACACUUUCAAAGAGCCACAGUUUCGCAUAGGAAUAUAAGUAACGUCAAUCGAGUUGAAGGACGGAAAGUAAAAGACUAACGACUGAUACUUAUUUUAGAAAGUACUUUUUUUUAUAUAAGGACUGAUUUUUGUAAGAUAUUUAAUUCGUAAGUUUCGUGAGAUAAGAUAGAACGAAGUAAAAUGUUUUUUUUGUGAUAGAUAGAAAGAGAUUUCUAUGUAUAUAUUAGCUCAUACGUGUAUAUGAUAGUCACAAUUACAAUCUUACACACAAAUUACACACUUAUAAAACUUAUAUAUUAUGCAUAUUAUUUUCUUCUGUGUGAAACAAAAUUGUAAAACUAUUGCAAACUGGACAUUUUUGAUGUUUAAUUAGAUAAAUAUCUAAAUUUUUAUACAUAUAUAUAUCAUUUAAGUAUUUCCGACGUUUUCUAUAAAAUAAAUGUAGAAGUCGAUGUCGACGCAAAACAGAAAGAACUUACGAUGUGGAAUUUUGUAGAAGAACUUUAUUUUGUUCCAAAAAUCCAGUUUGUAUUCUCUUUUAUAAACGUGUAUGCUUCAUAAUAAAAAUGAGUUCUCAAUUUCUCUUGAGUUUCAUUGUAGUUAGUUGAACCUGCUGUCAGUCUCACAGAAGUGUAUAAAAAAAGAUUUCUUUAUAUACUUGAUUUAUAUCUAAUAAAAAUACUGCAUGACGCUCACACAUCAUAUGUGUCUCCAAUUGGUUUUCAUUUUUAAAUUUUUUCUGUGCAACCAUUUUAAAAAGACACUUUUUAUUAUCAAGCAUACCAAGCAAUUUGAUACACAACAAAAAUAGAAUUACAUUUCUCUGAAUAAAUUUUAUAUGUAAUUUUUUUAAUCUCAGCUGAGCAUUUCAAUAAAGUUUACGUGGUUUAAGUGUUGAUAGAACGUACACAACUGCGUGUGGGCGCGAUUAAAAACAAAAUACACAAUCAAAG